AUGUCAUCACGUCGAAAGGACAACCAAAGAGUAGCUCUAAACAAGUGCUGGACGGAGGAUUUGGACUGGAACCUCGUUCCCGAUUCUAUACGGACGGUAAGCUGUGAGUUGUGAUUAACGAGGGGAUUAACUGACACACUUAAUUCUGUUGGAAGCCGACCACAGCCGUUUCAGUAAUUACAAUAUAACUCAACUGUUAUAGUAUUUGAACGCAAAUUGACAGUGAAGCGGAUAGUAAUUUUUCAAGCAACCGCUAACCUGCUUAAACAUCAACGGGAAAGUUGACGGGGUGGCCGGUUAGCGGUUGGAUUGUUGUCCGUCUCUUCGCUUUGAUAUUAACGGCUACUUAGAGGGUAAUGUCGUUAACACCUUGAGUUUUAAGUUAAGGGCAUACCGUAAAAUCCUUUUGGCUACGCUCUUCCACCCAGUUACCCUCGAGGUAUUGGUAUUGCUGAUUAAACUGAUUAGACAUAAGCCCAUUUUCUGGGGGCAAAUCCGUGUUUAGCACUAAAUUAAAAGACUCAGUCACUAUCGCUUAAUGGCCUGCUGUCAUUAGAAAAAUGAAAGUGCGAAAAUGCAGAUUGUGGCUUUAGUGAUUCGACUUAAUCGUUGUUCGCGACUUUAAGUAAUUAUAAAGUCCAUUUCUGUCUUUGUCUCUAGGGUACAGCUCAAAUCGGAAAGGCCCUGAGUGUUCCUGCAACUGCAGUCCUGUCGGGCUUAUUGAUGUUAAUUUCGUAUUUUUCCUCUCACGCCGUGGUAAAUCCUUUUGGGAAGGAUUGGUUUGAACCUAUGAUAUUAUGGAUUGUAAUUGUAAUGCCGACCGGUGCAGGAAAGUCGACGUUGUUUAAAUUUUUGAGGGGAAUUUUGGAUACCGUGAGAAAACGCGUUAUCGCAAGUGGAAAAGAUACAUCGAACAACGAUGCUCUUCCAGACUGGGCAGUAGAGGAGGCUUCAAUGGAAAAAAUGGGGGCUAUGAUGGCUGAAAAUGGCAACAAAUUAAUUGGACUCUAUGACGAGAUCACGCAUUUUCUCACACAAAUAAACGUUUACAGAAAUCGCGGCCUCUCGGACACACACGACCUGGCUAUGUUUCUUCAACUGUACAAUGGCUUACCUUGGUCUCGGAAAACAGGUUAGACUUACAUAAUAUCAAUUUUUUAAGGAGUCCACCCUCUUUUGGGGUCUCAGUUCAGUAAAUUUAGUUAGUCUUGGUUGAUACUCUAAUUAAUUAAGGCAUAACUAUCGUGGUUAGAUUGACAAAGGUUUGAGGUAAAACAAUCCUCUCUACUCGUCACUACGAUAAUGAGACAGAGAGAUUGCGUAAAUUUGAUUUAUCAUAGAGUUGAGUGGUCAAGACAAGAGCAGUUUAGUAGACUGCCUAUUUUAUUUAACAAAUUUGAAAAAGGACAAAAAUUUUCAAGCGAGAAGAUUGUGCCCCCAGGGAAUGUUACAAUAAGAGUUACUAAUUUAAGUCACGAAAAGGAAAUAAUUCUGCGAAAAGGAAACAACGCAACAACUUGUGGUGUCGGCCACAUUAUACCCAGUAGCAUCCAAGAUCCAUUAAAAGCAUUAAAAGUCAGUAGACAAAGCGCGACCCUUAGUUCUGCCCCAAAUACUAGUAGAAGGACAGUGAUUUUUGAAAGGAAUUUCAAUUGUUUCCAUCGAACAAAAUUUUCAAUACUUUAUCUUAAACUGGCAUGAGCUUUGGAAAGUGUUGAUCGAGCAUGGCUCAUGGUUACUCUAAGGGGAACAUGAAACUACCAUAACACAUUAGCUCAGUCGUCAUGAGGAUCUCAAACAUUGCUUCUCCUUCUUGGCUGUUUAUAUUACAGUGGGUGGAGACUGUAACUUUUCAAUGGAGUUCACUAGUCUCACAGUAGGUGGUUUUACUCAGCCAUCAACGGCCACGAACAUAAUGAUCGUCCCUGGAAACGCAGAAAAAGGACUCUCUCAACGCUUUCUGUGGAUUUGUCCCGAGCCAAAAUUCUUAGAGUAUGACACACUUGGGAAGGUGGAUGAAACCUUCUAUAACAAAAUCGGUAAGUUGAAUAAAUAAAAACUGCGUAACAUUUCGGUAACUUGUCAUAACAACUUUCCUUACUAUGAGUCGGCAUAAACUAGCUUUCUUUAAAACCUAUCAAGCGUUAUCUCAAUAUCUGUCUGAUCAUUGCAGCUGCCGUGAAAUAUCCUGUUGAAGUUGGAUUCUUUAAGAUAUUAAAAGAAAAAGUAUACAUUCUUCCUUGUGUGUUUAAAUACAGUCCUCAACCAAUGGGAACGCCAAAGUCCUAUGAUCCAUGAUCUACGCAAGAGCCCGCGUUAUGCAUCAUUAAGCAGAGGUAUGCGCGUGGAGAUGUGUUGUGUUGCUACCCGGGCUCUUUUCCCUUUUUGACCCGUUGUCGCUGUCGUUGUACCAUAAUUGCACAAUUGCUUAAUUGUUGUCUCUGAUCGUUUCAGUGAAUUUCUCAGUUUGGACUCCAGAACCCCGGGAGUUAACAAAAAAUUUUCCUUUUGUAAAACAAAUUAUAGUGCAGUAGUGGCAGCUUCCCUUCAGAAAGGCAAGAAAUCAACAAACACGAAACCUUAAGGGCUCCUUUCGCGAGCGCAAAUUAGCACUGAAAAAAUUGCAGCUUGUUCAUCUAUUUUGCCCUUGUAUAAACGUCUUAUAUCGCAAGGCAUAUUAUUACUGAUUUAUUCAUCUCUUUGUUAUCUUCAGUUAAUCUGCUCUUCAUGUUUGCUGUUAAGCAGCGUAAAUCUCCAAGGAAGAUCACAGAAAUUUACCUAACAGACCUUAGUAACGAUCUUUUCAAGGACGCCUUUAAUAGGAUCCAAGCAAACUUAAAGGGGAUUUCUGGAAGAGACGACUUACUAUGCGGUAUGUAUAUGAUUGUCUUACACUUACUUAGGAUUCGUCCUUAGUGAACUAUCGUCAGAUCUAGGCGGACGUUUUUCAGCAAGCAUAGUGAUCGUAGCGAUCUGUAUUAACAACUGGCUGCUCCAGUUUUCUGUACUGACAGAGAAUGACCGUAAUGCCUUCUUAAAGUUGAGCCGAAAAUAUCUAAAUUCGAAAAUAACCCACUCCCACCCAAAAAUGUUGAUAAAAAUACUAACUCUUGUCUAACUCUGAAAUGGUUUGUUUGUUCGUAGGACUGUUAAGCAAAAGUAAAGGACUCAUUCUACGGAUGACUGGGUGUCUUCACUGCUUGUUUCAGCUAGACUCUUUUAAUGAUGCUUUCUCGUCGGGUGAAUCAGACUUUGAGCCCUCCACGGUUGUUACAGACAGUGCCGUCAAAGCAGCUGUAAAUUUCGUUGCGACUUGUAUUAACCACACCCUAUAUUUAUGUGGAAGGAAUUCCUCGGCAGAAGAAGUCCGUAUGCUCCAGGAUGACAUUGCUCGAACGCCGACACAGACGUCAACGGAUGAAGCUGCCAAGCCAGUGGCUAAUCCUGGAGGAUACGUACUUCUUCUGCCUGGGAAGAGAUUGCACAUCACAGCCCUGAAUGAAAAAAAGAAAUUUAGGGACAUAGGGAAUAAGCAAGGGGCAGUGGACACGAUCACCAGUCUCGAACAGGAUGGACUCGGAAUCGUUAUUUCAACGAAGACACAGGGAACCGCAAAGGUUGGUGGCGACCGAUCCGUUUUGAAUUUACCACACAAACACUAGAGUCUCAGAACGUAUAUUUUUUCCCAUCUUCCCCCCAACUGGUGUUUUACGUAACUAUUAUAAUACCGUGGCUCUUAUUCCCUUCAUUGUUCUUUGUUCGUAGCAAUACACAUUCGUCAAGACUGACAUAGAGAAGGGGGGAGAAGCGGAAUUGGCGGACAAACUGGCGAAGUACGCAGUAACUCUGCGACAGUAUCGCCAGUCUUUGAUGGAAGAAGAGAUACUUCCUUCAAGGACAAGGUAG